AUGGCAGCGACCUAUUUCACAUACGUGACAAACGUCUCGAAUGCAUUAGAGACACUCAUUAAGACAACGGGAGUGAGAACUGAACCGGCAGUAGUGGAGUUUGUAUCCUGCGGUAUUGAUUUUCAUGAACAUUUUGUGCCAAAAACGUCACUAAAGAAGCAUUUGAGGAAAUGCCAUGGAGAAAAGCGUGCUCGACCUAUUCCGAAUGCAGCUUUCUUUUAUGGCAGACGCAAUGAAGAAGACGCAGUGAUUUCUCAUGAUAAACCUAGUACAAGUGUCAAUGACAGUGCUACUGGUCGUCAAGUACAAGCUGAAAGUGACAGUGACAUUGUUGCUGAUAUUCAAGUGCCAGCAGAUGACACUGAAUGUGUCGAUGAUGAGAGAUCGCAAAGCUCUGGAUUCCAGAGUCUGGUAGAGCCCAAAGCAGGUCAGUAUGACAAGCAGAAAACGACACUUGAUGUAGCCGACGGAGUGAUCGCUGCAAUCAAAAGAGCUGCCGUUUCUGCGACGACAUUCUACGAACAAGUACAAGCAUGGCAUCGUAUUCCACAUGCAUUUGCUACGAUAAACGAUCGUGAACGCGCACUGGUAAAGCAGUCGUCGUUGCGUCGGUGGCUGAAUGCAGAGCUGAGUCGUCCUGGAGUGCUUCCUAGUGGUGAGGCACUCGAUCAGGAGCUGGUCGACUAUAUCGUUGGAUUGUUGGAACACCCUGACUUUUGUGAGCCUGAUCUGCUGGUUUUGGAGUUACACGAGUUCCUGGGCAACAACAAUGUCUCCAACAUCGUGCUGGCGCUUUGGAAGUUUUUGAUCGUCGAGAUCGGUCUGCAAAGUGUAUUUCAAAAGAGAGAAAAGAGUGAGAAAAAGAGAACGACGAUCCAAGCGCAGUCUUCAGUCCAUAGCCAUGACUCUAUGACCACGAGUGCUAUGCUCAACAAUAACUCCCACACGCAAGCGAGUGAUGCAAAGAGUGAACUCCAUUACAAACGUCGACGUGCUUCGUACCGUGGAAAAAUAGGUACAAACACCGGUCUCGAGGCAUAUCGAGAUCUGAUUCAGAAGCACAUGGUUGGUCUCAGUCAUGAAAUGGAUUGGGACCUCGUACUUGGUGGUGGAUUUCAAGAUGAUGAUGACACACAUCGCAAGAAUCGGUUGACGGUAAAAUCUUUAUCAUAUCCACGGACGAAAAGUAUAUGUCGAUCGAAACAUUUCAGUGGUGUAGCACGUAUGACAUCAAAUGUACAAAUGGAUUAUCAGUUUCAACUAUGGGAAAAGUCCAAAUAUGAAGGAUUUUUUCAUGUUGAGUGGCUACUGGUGAAAGACGUACCAAAUUAUGUUCUAACAGGUAUUAAGAUGAAAAAUACACCAACGAAGAAAUCAAUUACAUCGUGUCGUGAUUGCGAAGAAGUUUUGUAUGAAGAGGCACAUGAGUUUUUAUCUCUUUUUACGCAGUUUAAAAGUCGUUCAAGUGCAUGGGAUGAUUUUGCAUACUAUGAUGAGCUUCAAACAAAACUUGAACACAAACGAGGACUGAUAUUGCCAGAUGGAGUUGAUAAGACGGAUUUGAAUUCCUAUCUCGUACCGGUUCGGCAAGAAGAUUCUACACUGUAA